GUGAAGCUCGUCUUCCGUCCCCCGCCAGCGCCCUCGCCGUGGUAGCGGCGGGGAGGGGGCGCACGUCCUCCCCCUUUCUCCUAACGGCCGCUGGGCGGCAGCUGGUGCUGAGCUGGAGCCAUGUGUGUCAGGAGCGCCGCCCCGUCCCCGGCGCGUGGGACCUUCGCUGCCCCGGGCAGCCUCCGGCCGUGUACACGGCGGGGGAUUUCAUAGAUCUGACAUUGUCGAAGACUCAGCGAAAGACUCCGACAGUCAUUCAUAAGCAUUAUCAAAUCCACCGCAUUCGACAGUUUUACAUGAGAAAAGUUAAAUACACCCAGCAAAAUUACCAUGACAGACUCACCCAAAUCUUAACAGAUUUCCCAAAAUUAGAUGAUAUCCAUCCUUUUUAUGCAGAUUUGAUGAAUGUUCUCUAUGACAAAGAUCAUUACAAGUUGGCCUUAGGACAGAUUAAUAUUGCCAAGAAUCUGAUUGACAAUGUUUCUAAAGAUUAUGUGCGCCUGAUGAAGUAUGGCGAUUCUCUUUAUCGAUGCAAACAGUUGAAACGGGCAGCUCUGGGACGUAUGUGUACGAUUAUCAAAAGGCAGAAGCAAAGUUUAGAAUAUUUGGAACAAGUGCGACAACAUUUGUCCCGUUUGCCAACUAUUGAUCCCAAUACACGAACUCUUCUGUUGUGUGGCUACCCAAAUGUUGGAAAAUCGAGCUUUAUAAAUAAGGUGACAAGAGCAGAUGUGGAAGUGCAGCCUUAUGCCUUUACCACAAAAUCCCUCUUUGUGGGACACAUGGAUUAUAGGUAUCUGCGUUGGCAGGUGGUAGAUACCCCUGGUAUUUUGGAUCAUCCUUUGGAAGAAAGGAAUACCAUUGAGAUGCAGGCUAUAACAGCGCUUGCACAUCUUCGUGCUGCUGUGCUUUUUGUAAUGGAUGUAUCUGAGCAGUGCGGGCAUAGUCUGGAGGAGCAGCUAGAACUCUUCAAAAAUAUUAAACCACUAUUUGCUAAUAAGCCUCUUAUAAUUGUAGCAAACAAGUGUGACGUGAAAAGGAUUUCUGAACUUCCUGAAGAAAAUCAGAAAAUGUUUGAAAAUUUAGAAGCGGAAGGAUUUCCUGUCAUAGAGACAAGUACUCUAACAGAAGAAGGUGUGAUUAAAGUUAAAACAGAGGCCUGUGACAGACUGUUGUCCCAUCGCGUUGAUACCAAAAUGAAAGGAAAUAAGGUGAAUGAAGUGCUGAACCGACUACAUUUAGCUGUACCAAGCAAAAGAGAUAAUAAGGAAAGGCCACCUUUCAUUCCUGAGGGAGCAGUAACACGUAAGAAACGCAUGGAAGUAGAUGCACCUAAAAAGAAGAGGGAGAGAGAUCUUGAAGUGGAAAUGGGAGAUGAUUAUAUUUUGGAUCUUCAGAAAUAUUGGGAUCUAAUGAAUUCAUCUGAAAAAUAUGAUAAGAUACCUGAGAUCUGGGAAGGACAUAACAUAGCUGAUUAUAUUGAUCCAGAUAUCAUGAGGAAACUGGAAGAGUUAGAGAAAGAGGAAGAGCUGAGGCAAGCUGCUGGGGAAUAUGACAGUGAACCAGAAAGUGAAGAUGAGGAAAUGUUGGAAAUCAGACAAUUGGCACAACAGAUUCGAGAAAAAAAGAAACUAAAAAUUCUGGAAUCCAAGGAAAAAGAUACUCAGGGUCCAAAAAUGCCUAGGACAGCUAGAAGGGUCCAACGGAAGAUACUAGAGAAGGAGAUGAGCAGUCUUGGUCUUGACAUGGCUGGUAAAGAUGAAGCACAUUACGUAGUCCAAGCAAGAAGAUCCAGGAGUGUUGCUAGGAAACGUAAACGUGAAGAAUCUGAACCCCCUAAGUCUGCAGCACGCAGUCGCAGUUCCUCUCGCACACCACGUGACACUUCUGGUCUACGAGAUGCAAAGAUGGUGAAGAAGGUUAAGACUAUCAUGAAGAAUUCUCAAAAGAAAAUGAAUCGCUUGGGCAAGAAAGGAGAGGCAGAUAGGCAUGUGUUUGACCUUAAACCCAAACAUUUACUGUCUGGCAAAAGGAAAUCUGGUACAACACAGAGAAGAUAAAAACAUUUUUCUGAAUUAAAGCUACUUUGCUGUCCUGUUUGUUUUUUUCCUAAUAAAAUCUAGAUUGUAUAAUUUGGAAACAAAAA